UGUCUGCGAUUCAGGCGUAUGCUUUAAAGUCGUCCAACGUCCGUCCAGACGAUUCGAUCUCGAUUUCGCGAUCCCGGUAAGCCAGAAAAGACGAAGGAAGAUGUCCGUCACACUGCACACGACCUUGGGCGAUCUAAAGAUCGAAGUCUUUUGCGAAAGCGUCCCCAAGACAGCAGAGAACUUCCUCGCCCUCUGCGCGUCGCACUACUAUGACGACUCCCCGAUUCACCGCCUGAUCCCCAAGUUCAUGGCCCAGACCGGCGGCCCCGCGAACCCCUCCCCGCCCGACAACCCUAAGGGCGGCCGCUCCAUCUGGGGCGGCACCUUCGAGGACGAGAUCCGGCCCGCGCUGAAGCACUCGGCGCGCGGCGUCGUCUCCAUGGCCAACAAGGGGCCCGGCACCAACGGAUCGCAGUUCUUCGUCCUCUUCGACAAGGCGCCCCACCUGGACGGGCUGAACACUGUGUUCGGCCGCGUCAUCGGCGACGAGGCCAUGGUGACGCUGGAUCGGAUCGAGGCCGUCGAGGUCGACCGGAAGAACCGGCCCAAGGAGCCCAUAAAGAUCGAGAGGGUUACUGUCCACGCGAACCCGCUUGCUGGCUGAGGAGGCCGACCUGAAGACUGUUUAUCUGGGGGAUUACAUGAGUUAAAGGAGACUGAAGGAGCGGCCCCCUUGGACUUUUUCGCCGCUUGCAUGAUACCCACAUGACACAUCUCUGGGCGGGGAAAACAAAAACAAAGUUGGAGCAACGUCGACGAUUUGCCAAGCCAUCACCGGCGAGGGGCGAUGCAAUCGUCAAGCCAUGGUCACAGUAACGUCACCGACUACAGCCCGCCGAUGCUCGCCGGCUCCUGCUUCUCA